AUGUCGACACUAGGCAAGGGCUCAAGCCCCAUGGUCUACGGUGUCGUCCAGUAUGACUUCCAGGCCGAGCGACCGGACGAGUUAGCCGCCAAAGCCGGCGAGGCCAUCAUCGUCAUCGCCCAGUCCAAUCCGGAAUGGUUUGUCGCCAAACCUAUCGGUCGCCUGGGUGGCCCGGGCCUCAUCCCGGUCUCGUUCAUUGAGCUGAGGGAUAUGCAGUCGGGUCAAGCGGUGACGGAUCCCCUCGACGCUGUGCGACGCGCCGGAGUGCCCAAGGUGGAGGAAUGGAAGAAGAUGACCGCCGACUACAAGAAUAGCAGCAUCACGCUGGGCAAGAUCGACUCCGCCGCAGCGGCGGCGGCGGCGGCGAACAAUGUGAACUCGGUGACCUCCGGCAUGGAAAAGAUGUCCAUGAGCCACCAGAGCACCGCCCAUUUGAGCCAGAACGGCAAUUCCUAUGGCUACCAUCAUCGCAAUCCCAGCAAAGGUUCUCUCGCACAGCAUAUGUCUCACCAGUCGAUGCAAAGCUACCACCAGCCCCUGGUGGCCCCGGUCGCCGCGUCCAUUCCUCGCUACUGCUUCGACAACGAUAAAUACUGGUACAUCAUCGAGGCGAAGAUGGAGGACGGUCGCUGUUGGGAACUCUCCCGGUACUACCAUGACUUUUAUGACUUUCAGAUCGCCCUCUUGACGCAGUUCGAAGAAGAGGCCGGGAACCGAGGCAAGCCACGGACCUUGCCGUUCAUGCCCGGCCCGGUCACCCACGUUACCGAUGCGAUCUCCAACGGCCGCCGCCAGAACUUAGACGAGUACAUUCGAAAACUGCUGGCCAUGCCUCCCCACAUCUCCCGUUGCCAGCUGGUCCGGGAAUUGUUUGCUCCUCGCGCGGGAGACUUCGAGAUCGACCCCGGCGCGUUUGGAGAGGAUGUGCGGUUCUCCGGUGGGUCGCACCACUCGGCGCAUGAGGACCUCCGCAGCGCUUCCCGCCAGUCCUCGCAGGCCCAGAUCAACCCCCCGCACGACCGGAACUCGCACCAGCGGGCGCAGGCGUCGAUAUCGCACAGCAACGGCAUGCCUCCGCCGAUGAACCGACAGGCCAGCUCUCUGACGCAGGUCUCCAGCUCGAGCAGCGGCGCAUUGAAAGUCAAGGUUUCCUUCCAGGGCGAUCUCAUCGCAAUUCGAGUCCCGAACGACAUUAGCUUUCAGCAGCUGCGGGAGAAGCUCAUGGAUCGUCUGAAGAUCAACACUGAAAUCGCGGUGCAAUACAAGGACGAGCCGUCGGGCGCCUACGUCGACCUGGUCAGCGACAGCGAUCUCGACACGGCCAUCCAACGCAAUUCCAAACUGACGUUAUUCGUUGAGCUCGUCUGA